AUGUAUCGUUUGCUAAUUUUUUUCGUUUUGCAAACUUGGGUCCAGUCUCAAGUCUACAAUUCACCAUGGCACUUCAAAUGUGCAAAUGUCCGCUGCAAUAAAUAUGAAAUAACACCAGAAGUACGCUUGCCAAAAUCUUUGGAAGUGUGUCAACUACUUUGUGGCGACGCAGGUGCAUUGUGGCCGAAACCAACAGGUUCAUAUUCCCUCGGCACUUCGAUAAAAACCAUAAACCCCAAAGAAGUCUGGCUAAAUUUGGAUAAUCCAAAAUCUAAAGUCGGAAAAUUGCUCAUACGCAAGAUUGAGAACUUCAGGUCAAACUUCAAGAACCUUAAAGCGAAGUCACCCACUUCUAGUAGCGUCGGUCUUCAUAUCAUCAUCACUGGCUUGAAGAACUACGAUGAUGCUGCUUUGACUCUUGGCAUCAACGAAGGUUACACGUUGAACAUACGGCCGGAAAACUCUUCGUUCAUUUCCGUAACAAUCAGCGGGGAAACUUACUUUGGAGUGCGCAAUGCUCUGGAAACGUUGUCGCAGUUGAUAGCCUUCAACGACUUGACCAACGAAUAUCAGAUGCUAACAACUGUUUCGAUCACCGACGCUCCUGUUUAUCCAUACCGCGGAAUAUUACUAGACACCAGCCGCAAUUACAUAGAUAAGAAAACCAUAUUGAAGACACUCGAAGCGAUGGGGAUGUCCAAAUUGAACACGUUCCACUGGCAUAUAACAGACUCCCCAAGUUUUCCUUACGAGAGUCGCACAUGGCCGAACAUGUCUCGAUACGGAGCCUAUUCGCCUGAAAAAGUCUACACUGCUGAAGAUGUAAAAGAAAUUGUUGAAGCUGGUAUUUUUCAUGGCGUGCGAGUGAUUCCAGAGUUGGAUGCACCAGCUCAUGUGGGUGAAGGCUGGCAGUGGGUUGGUGACGAUUCUGUUGUCUGCUUUCGCGCUGAACCUUAUUACCGUUACUGUGCAGGACCUCCAUGUGGCAAUUUGAAUCCUACUAGUGAGAAGGUCUACGAAGUGCUCCAGGGGCUCUACAAAGAUAUGAUGGAAGACUUCAAGCCUGAAAUUUUCCAUAUGGGUGGAGACGAAGUUAGACUUGAUUGUUGGCAGUCAUCAGAGUCUAUUAAAAAUUGGAUGAGACAGAAGAAUUGGGGCACGUCCAAAGAUGAUUAUAUGAAACUUUGGAGUCAUUUUCAAACUCGAGCUCAUGAAAAAUUACAGAUUGCUAAUGGGGGAAAGGAUAUAAAGGCUGUUUUAUGGACGAGUACGCUUACGGAUGAUAGUUACUUGAGACACUUGGAUCCUCAGAAGUAUAUUAUACAGAUAUGGACAGAUGUCAAAGAUAGGACGAUUAAAAGAUUGUUGAAAAACAAUUUUCAAGUUAUUUUUUCAAAUUAUGACGCACUUUAUCUUGAUUGCGGCUUCGGGGCUUGGAUUGGAGCCGGAAACGGAUGGUGUUCACCCUACAAAAAUUGGCAGAAAAUUUACGAUAACUCACCUCUACAAAUUGCUCGAAGCCAAGGAGUUGGAAACAAGAAACACCUGAUUCUAGGAGGAGAAGCUGCCCUUUGGACAGAAAUUGCAGGCAGUGCGUCAGUGGACAAUCGACUGUGGCCUAGAUCAGCCGCAAUGGCUGAAAGAUUGUGGGCUGAGCCAGGUUCAGGUUGGCAGGCUGCUGAGCAUCGAUUGAUUCUUCAUCGUGAACGAUUAGUUAAAAGAGGAAUUUUUUCUGAUACUACUGAACCUGAAUGGUGUCAGCAGAAUCAAGGUCACUGUAAUUAA